UUGGGUUAAGUCUAAAACCAUGAUACUAUUUUAUGAAAAUUACAAAACCCUAGCCGUAACCUUUUCUUUUCAACACUAAACCUGAGCACAGUGGAGUAGUGGCACCAUCACGGUUAAGAGGGUUGCGAGUGAUGGACUGGUGACGUGGGUAUUCUCACGUGCGAACACUUCCCACACGAGUACUAGACCAGAGGAAGAGACAGUUGACCAUUUCCUCAUAUUUUCCCUCGCUCCUCCCAUCGGAAUUUUGAUAUUUCCAAUUCUAUCCCAUCUUCCGAUUCCUCCAUACCCAAUUGUGGUGGUUCUAGUCUGAGGGGUCUCUGAUUUCAUUCUCCUAUCCUCCUGGAAUUAGAUUUGUAGAACCGUUUUGGUCGAUUGAUGCAAAGUUCUUAACUUUGUAGGUUGUUGCUUGAAAUCUCUUUUCUGGACCCCGCUGCCAGAUUUCAUUUUUCUUUGCCUUUGAAGACUUGGAACCAUCUGGGUAUGCUUAUGAAUUUGAUUUCUUAAAUCCCAAAUCUCAUAAGGGACCCAAAAUAUUGAUCUGGGUUUUUCUCUGAAUCUUUGAUUAAGUCAUGGUAUCUUGACUUUUUUUGGGAAGAUUUGCUGGUGUGGUGGUUUGUGGCCUGUGAUCAAUUCUUCUUUUUGUCAUCUACACUGAGAAACCCGGGUGGUGGAUUUAAUAUCUCGAUGAGAUCUGUAAGUGGGUAUGGAUUAUUUUAUCUCGUCUUUUGCAAGUUCAAAGGCUUUGGUUGAAGGUAGUUUCUCUCAAUGUUUUUGGUUAUGGAGAAUCUUCCUGUUGAAGUGAUCGGAAACAUACUGUCCCGACUUGGAGCUGCACGAGAUGUGGUGAUCGCAUCUGCAACUUGCCGGAAGUGGCGAGAGGCUUGGCAGAAUCACCUACACACUCUUUCAUUUAAUUCCAAUGAUUGGCCUGUUUACCAUGAUCUCACAACUAGUCGAUUGGAAAUUCUUAUAACUGAAACAAUAUUCCAAACAUCGAGAUUAGAGUAUUUGUCAAUUUGUAUGGAUGAUGUUGAUGAGUUCUCAGCUGCUUCGGUGAUUGCCUGGCUCAUGUAUACUAGGGAAACCUUGCGACAGCUAUACUAUAAUGUGAGGACCACCCCAAGCAUUAACAUACUUGAAAAAUGCAGUAGGCAAAAGCUUGAAGUCUUGGAUUUGGCUCAAAAUUCUAUUACGGGUGUUGAACCCAGUUAUCAGAAAUUUCCCUGCUUGAAAUCCCUUUCACUGAGAAAUGUUAGUAUUUCUGCAUUGGACCUAAAUCUUCUUCUCACUGCCUGCCCAAAAAUUGAGGUCUUGGUCCUUAUCAACCUGGAUAUUGCGCUGUCAGAUGCAACAGCCACAAUGGAGCUGGCCAGUCCCUCAUUGAAGGAUAUCUAUGUCGAAGCAAUCAGUAUGGAUAAGUUUACGUUGGAGGCUGAUAACCUUGAGAAUUUGGACUUGAAAGAUUGUACUCUUGAUGUUUUUGAGCUUAUUGGAAAGGGAGCCUUGAGGAUUCUCAAGAUUGACGAUGUUAGUGUGAUCCAUCUCGACAUUGGUGAGAGUACUGAAAAUCUUGAGGUUGUGGAUGUUAGCAACUUCACAAUCAUGUGGCCAAAGUUUUACCAUAUGAUCUCAAGAUCAUCCAAAUUGAAGAGGCUUCGGCUUUGGGGUGUUGUGUUUGAUGAUGAGGAUGAAGUUGUGGAUUUGGAGGCAAUUUCUGUUUGCUUCCCACGGUUAACCCAUGUAUCCUUAAGUUAUGAUCUGAGAGAUGGAGAUCUAAGAGAUGGUUAUGGCUUGCAGGGGUCAACUCAUUUGGAGAAUGUGGUUGUCUUGGAACUUGGAUGGACAGUAAUGAGCUAUCUCUUUUCACCUUGGGUAGCUGGACUCGUAGACAGAUGCCCCAAUCUUAAGAAAUUGAUCAUUUUUGGGAUUAUUUCAGAGGUUAAAACUCAUGAAGAAUGUUUGAUUUUAGCGAAUUUCACUUCAUCCAUUGUUUGGCUCAUGAGGAAAUAUUUGCAUGUAGAGGUUCAGUUUGAAUAUGAAUAGUUCUGCAAAAUUCUUUUGAGAAUAUACAGGUUUUUGUCAAGCAUGACUUGCACAAGCAGGUAAAUGAUGCUCCAUGAGGAUUCCGUCACCCUUAUUUUUCCUUUUCUAUUUUCUGGAAUGUCUUCCUUUUCUGCCUGGAUAAAUUAGUAAUGUUGAGCAAGUGUAAAUUUUUUUGGUUCUGUGUAAAAGGGAACAAUAUUUUGCUCUGAUUUCUUGUUCUAUUUUCUUGUGUUAUGCCUCAUGCUUUUCUUUUUUCUUGUUCUUA